GGAGAUUGACUCCAAACAGGGAGGCCGAACCAAAACCAGGUAACCAAGAAAAAACGAGACAGCGAGAAAAGCCUUCAGGGCUUGUUAUGGGGUUAGCGUGAGACGAGCCAGGACUUUUUUCUGCCUUCUUUACCAGUCAAACCAGUAACUCUGGAUAGAGAGCACACAAGUACAGCAACAGUUUUUACCCUUGUGGUCCCUGAUGGCUUCGCACAGUGAUACUCUGGUGGUGUUCUUUGGGGCAACAGCUGGUGCAAAUGGGGGUAAACUGGGGUCGGAUGAAAGGGAAUUAAUUCUCUUGGUGUGGCAAAUUGUGGAUCUACAUGAGAAUAAGGUGGGAAAGCUUCAGCAGACUCUAGUACAGCCGGACAGUGUGGAUCUGUCGGAGCAGUGCAAGGAAGAGACCGGGCUCACGGUGGAGGAGCUGUGCAAGGCCGAGCCGCUGGAGAGCGUCCUGCAGCAGUUUCAUCAGUCGGUGUCAGCUGAAGUGAAGUCUCUGGGAAGAAGCUCCUACACACUUUGUGUGGACGGACCACUUCUUAUCCGACAGGUGCUGCACCCCGAGGCCUCUAAAAAGAAUCUGGUCCUGCCAGAGUGCUUCUACACGUUUGUGGACUUGAAGAAAGAGUUCCACAAAUGCUGCCCCAAUGCAGGCCUUGUCAAAGAUCUCACUCUGCCCUCCAUGCUGGACUAUGUGUGUAUUCCAGCGGUGGUGGAGCAGGAGGCCGGACUGAGGGAGGUGAAGAACAUGGUUCUGUUAAUGCUGCACCUCCUGGCUGAGCCUUACAAUCAUAAAUUCUCCACUUUUGAAACUGUAAACUACAAGUUUGAAUCUGGAGCAUGCAGUAAGACAGAAGCUGUGGACAGCGAGACGGUCAUCAGAGCUCGUGGGUUGCCAUGGCAGUCGUCUGAUCAAGACAUCGCUCGCUUCUUCAAGGGCCUCAACAUUGCCAAAGGUGGCGUUGCACUUUGUUUAAAUGCUCAGGGCCGGAGGAACGGGGAAGCUCUGGUGCGCUUCAUAAACUCUGAGCACAGAGACAUGGCACUGGAUCGACAUAAACACCACAUGGGCAACAGAUACAUUGAAGUGUAUAAAGCGACUGGGGAGGAAUUUCUGAAGAUCGCAGGAGGCACGUCCAAUGAGGUAGCUCAGUUCCUUUCUAAGGAAAACCAGGUGAUAAUCCGAAUGCGCGGGCUUCCGUUCACUGCUACUCCUCAGGAUGUUCUGGGCUUCCUGGGCCCAGAGAGCCCGGUGACGGACGGGAUGGAGGGACUUCUGUUUGUGAAGUACCCAGAUGGACGUCCCACAGGUGACGCGUUUGUUCUCUUUGCUUGUGAGGAAUAUGCCCAGAAUGCCCUGAAGAAGCACAAACAGAUCCUGGGCAAGAGAUACAUCGAGUUGUUCCGCAGUACUGCAGCUGAGGUCCAGCAGGUGUUGAAUCGCUACAUGUCCACUCCACUGAUCUCCACACUUCCCCCUCCUCCUCCAAUGGUAUCUGUGCCUGUGUUAGCCACGCCACCCUUCAUCACCUCAGGCAGCACACGAGACUGCAUCAGACUGAGAGGUCUGCCAUAUACCGCCGCCAUAGAGGACAUCCUGGAGUUUAUGGGGGAACACACCAUUGAUAUCAAACCACAUGGAGUGCACAUGGUCCUUAACCAGCAGGGUCGACCCUCUGGUGAUGCCUUCAUUCAGAUGAAGUCAGCUGACCGUGCAUUUAUGGUGGCUCAGAAGUGCCACAAGAAGAUGAUGAAGGAUCGUUAUGUAGAGGUGUUCCAGUGCUCCACUGAGGAGAUGAGCUUUGUGCUGAUGGGGGGAACGCUUAACCGCAGCGGCCUGUCGCCACCUCCUUGCAAACUGCCUUGCCUAUCUCCACCAACAUAUGCUGCAUUUCCUGCGACUCCAGCUAUGCUUCCCACCGAGGCAGCGUUGUAUCAGCCCCCCCUGCUGGCCACUCCAAGAACUCCACAGGCUCCAACUCACAGCCCUGCACAUGCUUUAGCUUAUUAUUCUCCACAGCUUUACAUGAACAUGAACAUGAGCUAUACCACCUACUACCCGAGUCCACCGGUCUCUCCCUCAACGGUGAGUUAUUUUGCGGCCCCACCUGGUUCAGUAGCGGCAGCUGUGGCCGCCCAGCCUGCCCCUGCCCUCCUCCCCCCGCAGCCCGGAGCACUGGUGCGAAUGCAGGGCCUGCCGUACAACGCCGGGGUCAAAGACAUCCUCAGCUUCUUUCAGGGAUAUCAGCUCCAGGCGGACUCUGUGCUCGUGCUAUAUAACUGGAGUGGUCAGCGUAGUGGGGAGGCACUGGUGACCUUCCCCAGUGAGAAAGCAGCAAGACGGGCUGUAGCUGAAUGCUCCAAUCUUCCCCUCUCCGGCCACCCCAUCCGCCUGGCUUGCUGUGAGUGACCACACACAGACUGCUACAUCCACCAAAGGAGGACCGCACUUCACCUGUCUCACCCCUUUUUCCAUCAUUACCUGUCUUUUGGCUUUUCAGACAGUUGUUCCUGACACCAAAGUAGUAGUUUAGGAGGGGACCUGACGCAGAAGCACUGUAUAUAUGUUUAUAUACACACAAGCUAAACAUCUCAGUAGCACUGCCUCACUGCUUGUGUAUGUGUGUGAGGAAAAUUGAGAUCAGUGGCAUGCAUGCUAAAGUCUUCCUGUCUUUUGAUGUCAAGAUCUCUUCUAUCCUAAUUCAAGACCUUAAAGUAAACUUAUAAGCCUUGCAAGCCAUCAGUUUAUGGAACAAGAGAUCUUCCUGUUGGGCAGUCCAGUUUGGCACUAGAGAACUAAAAUACAAUUCAACACUUAUUGCCGUUAUGGAUAAAGGAAUGUUCUGAAAUACAGUGUGAUUGUAAAAAGCCAAAUCUGUGCUUUAAAAUACUGUAAGACCGUUAUGCUGAACGUAGAGUUCAAAAGGGCAUGGAGGUUUUCCCAGUGUACAUCUGCACUGUUGGACUGACACAGCCUUCAGACUUAUUCCUUAUUUAAUAGAGAUCAGACCAAGUAUGUACUCCAUAGACUUGCAUGAACUGAUUUUUAGUUUAAUCCAUUCGAAAAGUGAACAUUUUUAUUUAAAGUAUAAGAUGAGUUGUUUGUGUGAUCUACAUGCUUCAGUGCUCAUUCUUUAGUGAAAUUGAAUUGAUAGAGGUGUGUAUUCUGUUGCCCCCAGUCUGACCCCAUGAGAGAUUGUGAAGACUGAACUACGCCAUGGUCAUACCUUGUUUUGGAAUUGUGGUCUAUAUCAGUUUACUGAUUGUAGGCUGCUUGAAUCAUGAGCUUUUUUUUUUUUUAUUAUAAAUAUGUAUUUCAUGACUACAUUACCUGGAGUGCAAUACAGGCUGAACAAAAUGUCACACCUCUCUAGUGAAAGAAGGGACAUUUCUCCCUAAAAUGUAUGAAAUGUGUAUGUACGUGUAAAUGUGACUCUUAUAUGCAACAAAUAAAUUGAUAUUGCUCUGACAUCAGCAUGUCAAAGUGGUAAAGUGAAAUGUU